AGACGUUGAAUCUACAGUGUUGGUGAUGAUGGUGGGGGCGCAAUAGAGAACAGAGGUGAAAACAGGACAGAUGAUCGCAAAAGGGAGCUGUUUUACAAAAUGCCGUUUCCUUUCCGGGAUAAUGUAAAAAUUGAGAAAGGACUGGAAAAAGAAAAAAGAUGAGCCGGCUCCUGGGAGAAACGUAGCCAGAUCGAGAGGAACCGGGGAGGGACGACUGGUGUGCACUGUUGCGAUAAAACUUUUCUCGUGUGCUUCCUGUUUGGGAUUAGACGCUGGGUGAAGUACAGUCGCCGCUUCUGGGCUUUAGGAUUUUCUUGUUUCUUUCCGGACUCAUUGCGCCACUGUUUUGCGAUCUGCGUAAAAACAAACAAAUAAGCAAUCGGCAUAGUAGGACGAGCUAGACCUGUACCUGGAAAAAGGCGAGGAUAUGGAAUCGGAAGGUAACACGUAACGCACGGGCUCCACAAGCUGGAUCAGCAACUCGACUAAGCGCAGACAAAACGGGAUUAUUCAAGUCUUUCUAUGUCCUUCGUCGUUUUGACUUUUUUACUGGCAUUUAAAGAAAAGGAAAAACAAGUAAGCCGGUGAAGCGGAGGCACGCUUCCUGUUCGACCCCUCAUUUCGGAGCUCUAAAUGUUGACUUAAAACGAGUGAAAUGAACGAUCGGACUUUUCAGGUGCAAAAUGUCAAGAGAAAACCAAUGUGCUUCGGGCUACUGAUCGCCGAAUAUUGGCGACUUGAAGCGGACAAAAUGCUAGCAAUAUCGAGAAAUGUUUAAGAGUAUUUUUCUUUUAUAAGUUAUUGAUAAAAAGUAUUUAUGGAAGUGCUAUUUUGUGAAUAAGCGAUACGCUAGUAUCGCACUUUAAAGCGUUCCGUGUUUUUUCCGUUGCAAAAAUCCAUACAAGUUGCUGCUUCGUCCAAAGUAUUUUGUGUUGUUUCGUUGACAGCUUUUUUCUUUUCCUUUUAACUUACUCUGGCAAGGUAAAAUGCGAGAAGUAUGCUUGAGCAGUCAGCUGCCCUACCAGCAGAGACUUUCGUGUAAACGCACCAUACUGCCUGUUACUUAAAAAUGAAGACUUGAUAUUCUUCUUUUUUGAAUCUACAAUUUUCAUCAUUCCAGUUUAUUUUAAAACUAUCAGUGUUUACGUUCUUGCGUGGGAGCCUCACAACUUUCCUGUUGCGCUUCCUAAUGACUGACCGGGCAAGCGCACUAAAAAGCCCGGCGCUACCAGGGGCUCUUCUUUACUUUUUUAUGCACUGAGAUCAUGACAAAAUAAACCCUCAAUGAAGAAAAAGUAAGUACGGUGGAAAUCAUCGUAGUAUUAAAAUGGAGCCAUUGAAAAGUAUUUUCUCUCGGGGCCCCCUGUCUGGCUGGAAAGGCCUGGAGCAGGCGGAGAAGGGCACGUAUACAAACCCUAUCUGGACGGCGCUCUUCGACUACGAGGCAGCGGGCAAGGACGAGCUCACUUUGAGGAAGGGGGACUUGGUGGAAGUGCUGUCCCGGGACUCGGAAAUUAGCGGCGAUGAGGGUUGGUGGGCGGGCAAAGUGAACAACAAAGUGGGUAUCUUCCCGUCCAACUACGUAUCCUUCAAGCCGGGCGGCUACAGCAAGCUGUCCAACUCCGGAGUGGUGGUCGGGGAACUGGAGCCUGAGGAGGUGGAUUUCCGGGAACUCAGUCUGGAGGAGGUGAUUGGCGUCGGGGGCUUCGGCAAGGUCUACCGGGGGACCUGGCUGGGCAGUCUGGUGGCAGUCAAAGCGGCCCGGCAGGAUCCGGACGAAGACAUCAGUGUGACGGCGCAGAACGUCCGCCAGGAGGCGCGCCUCUUCGCUAUGCUCACCCAUCCCAACAUUAUCACCCUCAAGGGGGUCUGUUUGCGGGAGCCUAACAUGUGCCUUAUCAUGGAGUACGCGGCCGGGGGUCCACUGAGCCGAGCUCUGGCUGGCCGUCGGGUUCCCCCACACAUACUUGUGAACUGGGCCGUGCAGAUCGCCAGCGGGAUGCGUUACCUUCAUAGUGAAGCCAUUGUGCCGGUUAUCCACAGAGACCUCAAGUCCAACAACAGUAAGUGA